AUGGACUCCUAUCGGCCCGGCGGAAGCCGUCGGCGCCCUGUUCGCGACGGCGACUCGUAUCGACCUCGCGAUCACGACCCGCCACCUCCACCAUGGCCAUCAACAAACUACAACAAUGGUGACAUGUACCAAUUCCAAGGUUCGCGUGACCGAGAACCGCCACCAGAGUUCGCCCGCCGUCCCAGGUCCGGAUACCAGAGUGCGCGACCCUACCAUUCAGGUCCCCGCCGGGACAACUGGCGAAGGCCCCCAGUACCGACCAUCAGGACAGCCGCGAAUCGGCCCCUGUUCAAGCUCAGACACGAUGAAGCCACUGAUUCUUCGGUCGCAAGUCUCAACUCGGAAACCAAGUCAAAGUUCCGGAAUCUGGAUGAAUUGACAGACAGCGAAGAAGAAGACAUGGCACAGUCGGAAGAUGGAGAUGAGGAACGCCACGUGAACAAGCGAGCUCGACUCCACCAAGGCGAUUCCGGCAUUGCACCAGCCUCUUCCAAAUGGUCGAAUCCAGACCCGUACACGUCGCUUCCUCCAGCGGGAGAUGUGGCUGCCAAACGGACGGAUGUCGUCAAAUUGAUCAGGAAAGCGCGCAUCGACACAGACCCCAGCCGACCAAAAGCCAAGCAGCCAGAUGAAUUCAUUUCUUUCGAGGCGGACGGGUACGACUCGAGUGAUGGCUCGGCCCUGUCGCCGGUGUUCCACAAAUCCCCAUCGCCACAGCCUACUUAUGAUCCCCCUGCUCGCCAACCGUCCGCGUCCAGCAUGGUCACCGGGAAGAGAAAGAGAGGCCAUGAUCUCGACGACGGAGAACGAUAUUCCAGAUCAGACAACCCAGCUUAUGCAGAUAGGCGAGUCGAAGACAAAUGGGCAGCUACCUAUGGAGUUAAUGCAACGCCGUGGCUGGGUCUACCGUCCCCCAGCAACACUGCUGGAGUCGCGCUCCACAAAGAGAUCAUUGACUUUUACGACUGGGUGAAACCAAGACCCCACGAAAUCGAAGUUCGUGGAGCAGUGUUCCAGCGUCUCAACAAGGUGUUGCAAGGUUUCCUGGCAGGAGAACUAAAAGCCUUCGGAUCUUAUGCUGCCGGUUUAUACUUGCCUACCGCUGAUAUGGAUCUCGUCUACCUUACGAGGAGCUUUAAACCUGGCGUGUUGCCUUCCAAGAAGCAGAAGAGAGAUCUGGUCAUCACAUGUGCAACGUUCCUUCGUCGGUGCGGUAUCGCUCAAGGGCCAGUUGUUCCGAUUGGUGGCGCAAAGGUCCCGAUUGUCAAGUUCGUUGACAGAAUCAGCGGACUCAAGAUUGACCUAUCCUUCGACAAUGACACCGGUCUCACUGCCAUCAAUACCUUCCACAAAUGGAAGAGUGAGCAUCCCGUGAUGCCCAUCAUUGUUUCGGUUGUCAAACAAUAUUUAAUGAUCCGAGGGCUGAAUGAUGUGUCCACUGGGGGAUUGGGUGGUUUCUCGACGAUCUGUCUGGUGACUAGCCUCCUACAACAUCUGCCUCUGCAUCAGCGUCCUGUCAAUGUAGGCGAUGUCUUGGUCGAGUUUUUCAACUACUACGGUAAUGUGUUUGACAAGAAAUCAACGAUCAUUCGUCUUGAUCCGCCAGCGUACUUGAACAAGGCAAUACAUACCAUUCAUUUUGGUGACAAAGACAAUGAACGUUUGACUAUCAUUGAUCCUCAUCGAUCGGACAACAACAUCUCGGGUGGCACAAGGCAGAUUGGCACAAUUUUCGACUGCUUUUCCAAGGCACACAAGGCUCUAGCCACUCGACUUGCCUCCUUUGAAAAAGACCCUUCCAGACAUCAGGUAGAUGGCUUUUUGGGGUGUCUCAUUGGCGGCGAUUUCACGUCUUAUGAGAGACAGAGGCAAAGACUGCGAGAAAUGUCUGUCAACGCCACAGCUGGUCCCGCCGGCGGCAAAGGGGGCCACACAAUAAAGGAGCCGGCUCGUUCGAUCGACGUUAGUCGCCGCCCCAAUCGGACCGGACCACCGACGAUAGCCGGCGUUGACGGCGCCACUACAACGUCUGCGAACCAGUCAAAAGAAUCUAAUCGGGGUAGUAGGGGCUCGCGAAGAGCGGAGCGAUUGAAGGCUCUACGACCUGAGCUUGCUGCAUCGAUACGACAUUCUAUCAGUCGCCUCGACGCUCUGAAGCUUGGCGGCUACAAAGACCACGCAGAGAUGCAGAGCGAUCUCAAUAUACGAGAAGCAGCCGCCGCGAAGCUUGCUAUGACAACUUCCGGUCCAGCAUAA